AUGACAUCAAUAUUUAAGAAAAUACCAGAUUCAGAGAGGAAUGUAAAUGCAUCACUUUAUUUUGGUAAUUUAGAUCCACAAUGUCUGGAGACUUUAAUGUAUGAAUUAUUCUUACAAUUUGGUCCAAUAAAAAACCUACAUAUGCCAAAAGAUCGAAUAAAUAAGAUACAUCAAGGGUAUGGCUUUAUUGAAUUCGAGAAUCCAUCAGAUGCAAAAUAUUCAGAAGAUAUACUACGAGGUGUAAGGCUAUAUGGUAAAGUGUUAAAGUUGAAACAAUUAGAUUUUAAAACUCAACAACCACAAUCAUCAACACAAUAUAAACAAAUUGGAACAUUUGUAGAUACAAAAUCAACUUUAUUGAAUGAUAAGUUUAUUGAUGUUGGUGCAAAAUUAUUCAUAAACAAUCUAAAUCCAUUAAUUGAUGAUAAAUUUUUAUAUAAUACUUUUUCAAAAUUUGGUACAAUAAUCAAACAACCAGAAAUCAAACGAGAUAUAGAAGGUCAAUCAUUAGGAUAUGGAUUUAUAACUUUUGGGGAUUUUGAAACUAGUGAUUUGGUAAUAGAAAAGAUGAAUAAUGUAAUUUUAAUGAAUUCUAAAAUCAAUAUAAGUUAUGCUUUUAAAAAUGAUGUUUCAGUAAAUGGCAAAAAGCUAAGACACGGUGAUAAAGCGGAAAGAGUUUUAGCUGAAAACGCUAAGAAGAAUAACGUCAAUGUUACUAAAAAACAAGGUAAAGUUCUGAAGAAAAAGAGACAAUGA